AUUCAUAUAACGGAGUAUAAUCAAGGAAGGAAAGAACAAAGAACACGGAGAAUCCCGGAAAGGAAGAAGAGAGCCGGAGGCAACAGAAGCUCCGCCGACGGCCCACGUCGUCCCCCAAAUCGCAUCGCAUCGCAUUCGGCGACGCGGCGCGCACCGGCACCGCCUGUGCUGGUGGUCGCGGCUUUGUUCUUUCCUUCCUUCCUUCCUCUCGCGGAGUGCCGGCCUCCCCUCCGUACCACGCGCACGCCUCAUCCCCGCGCCGUCCGUCACCGAUGAAGAUCACGGCGCUGCUGGUGCUCAAGUCCCCCGGCGACCCCGCCGCCGCCUCGUCGGCGGGUGGCGAGCAGAAGCAGCAGCAGGCGGUGGUGCUGGCGAACGCGUCGGACGUGAGCCGCUUCGGCUUCUUCCAGCGUCCGGCCGCGCGCGAGUUCAUCGUCUUCGUCGCCCGCACCGUCGCGCUCCGCACCGCCGCCGGCAGCCGCCAGACCGUCCAGCACGAAGAGUACAAGGUGCAUUCCUACAACCCGAACGGCCUCUGCGCCGUCAUCUUCACCGACGACCACUACCCCGUCAGGAGCGCCCACUCCGUCCUCAUCAAGGUUCUCGAGGAGUACCAGAAGAGCUUCGGAGAGUCAUGGAGGACGGCGGAAGAGGACGCCACCCAGCCCUGGGAAUAUCUGGACGACGCCCUCACGAGAUACCAGGAUCCUGCAGAGGCUGACAAGUUGUUAAAAAUUCAGAGGGACUUGGAUGAAACCAAGAUUAUUCUCCAUAAGACCAUCGACAGUGUGCUGGAAAGAGGCGAACGGCUGGAUAGCCUAGUAGCGAAGAGUUCAGACCUAAGUGCUGCUUCACAGAUAUUCUACAAGCAGGCUAAGAAAACCAACUCUUGCUGUACAAUCCUGUAAUAAAGUUCAUCUUCCUAGGGCAGUGUGGUAUUGGGCUCAGAAGUGCCAAAAGCAUCUCCGUUUACCGCUUCUUAAUCCUGAGAUGUAUUGUCAUAAAACAUUACAUUGGUCUACACAGUGAGUAGGUCUUAGUCCACAGGUUCUCGUGUGAUUCUCUGCAAGUAAUGCAUAAGUGUGGUCAGGGUGUUGUUAUGAGUGGAGUUGUGUUCACUGCUGUGUUGAAGCUACUUGGUGCUGAUGAACCUUUAUGGCUGCCAUAUGUUACUAACUGAUUAUUACUUGCCGCA